UCCUCUCUUGGGGUGGCUUGGGGGGGACACAGACAUGCUGCCGGAGCAGCAGGAUCUCCACCCUCCUCCAUGGCAGGGUGUGGGUGCCCACAGGCUGCACCAAACUCAGGUUCCCCUGCGGGACCGGGGCACCCCACGCAGCCAGGGCUGGCCCUGCUCCCCGGCCCCACACCAGCUCCAAGGGGCCCAGAGCUUUUGGGGGUCCUGGCUGUCCCCAGCCCAGCACGGGGGCUGCAGAAGGGUGGGUUGGGGACCAGUCAUACCCCACCUGGAGCUGCCCAUGUCAGCUCCAGGGUUGCCCACUCCCUGCACUGUGCUGUAGGGACAGCCCUGGGCUGGGGGGGGGCUGGGGACAAGAGGACGAGGCAGCCCCUGGGCUCAGGCACGUGGCUGAGGAGAAGCCACAGACUCAACCUGCCCCAACCCCUCGGGCUGCCUGAGCCCAGCCCCAGCUGCCAGCCAGGGAGUGCGUGUGCCCUGUGCCCAGUACCGGCAGCUCCUGGGGGGCCAGCUCCGAUCUGUGCCAUGGGGGCCAUGUGGUGCCCUGAUGAAGCCCCUGGCACACUGUGCUCAGGGUGCUUGCCAGCUGUCCCUGUGCCCUGGCUGGGUGUCAGCAUCCUUCCAUGCCCAGCACUGGCACCCGUCACCCCAGGUGGUCCGUGGCCAUCCUCUCCAUAGAGGGACAAGGGGGGACCAGUGACACCCCCUGCCCCGGCCAUCCUGGGGCACAGGGCUGGGGCAGCAGCGCCAUGCCAGGGGGGCUGUGCCCUGUGCCGGGGGCACUGGGGUGCCGGAGGGGCUUGUCUCGGGGCGCCAGCUCACCCCACCACGAUACCCUCUCACCCCACUGGGGCGAGCCGGCAGUUCCUGCCCCACCGGCAAUGCACACCAUAAUUAGCGCAGGCAGGGCAGAAGCAUCAGUGAUAAUUGGUGGUGACUCGUUAGCACUGGAGCGCUGCGUGCUCGGGGCGCAGCAGGACUUUCCGGCAGGGCUGGUCUGCGGGGACGGCUGACAUCCCGGUGCGCCGGGGGCCGUGAGGCCAUGCGGGGCCUGGCUGGCUCCCCGCUGCCAGAGUGGGGCUGGGGCUGGGUGCGGGCGUGGGGGCGAGCACCGUCAUCGCCUUCGCUUCAUGCCGCAGCACGCCCCGGCCUCACCACCCCCUCGUAAAAGGCACGGCUGUGGGCCGACGUCGGGGUGCUGCCAGCACAGAAGGCGAGAGCACGGGGUCCGGGCGGAGGUAGGCAAAGGAAGCCAGAAGGCAGGGGAGGAAAAGGGGUGCCGGGGGCUGUUUGCUGGCUGGACUUUUCCCACAGGUUUCCUGUAGCACCCACAACCCCACACGAGGGGACUUGACAUGAGCUGUGCCCUCGCAGGGGUGGGUGCCUGCAGCACCAUGAACCGGAUCACGGUGUAUGAGCGUGCCAACUUCGAGGGGCUGAGCCGGGAAUUCACCUGCGACGUGCCUGACCUGCACGAGCUGGAUUUUGGGGACUGCAUCGCCUCCCUGAAGGUGGUGGGGCAGCCCUGGAUUGCCUACACAGACCCCAAGUAUGAGGGGGAGCCACAUGCCUUCGAAGAGGGCGAGUACCCCUCUGUGGGGCGGCCCAACAGCUUCUCAGCGCUGCGCCUUGUGCACCACGACCUGGGGGACCCCCAGAUCACCCUCUACGAGCGCCCCAACUUCCAAGGCGCCUGCAAGGUGGUGACAGAGGAGACCAACUUGGCGUACGGGUACUUCAACGACCGGGUGGCCUCCCACGUGGUGCAGCGGGGCGUCUGGCUGCUCUACCAGCACCCCGGCCGGGGCGGUUGGCACUGCCUGGCAUGGCCCGGUGAGCGUCUCGCCGACUACAAACCCGAGCUGAACUUCCAGGCUCGGUUGUCCCACCUGCGCCCGCUGCGGCCCGGGCAGCCCCUGGUCUCGGCAUGUCUCCUCUGGGAGCAGAAGCGGGUGGAGGCAGAACGGGAGGUGCUGGUGGAUGAGAUCGAGGGGGUGAAUGAGACUGAGUCGGAGCAGGUGCUGGCAGCCAGCAGCAGCCGGGAGUAUGCCACCACGCUCUGGCAGAGCUUCCACUUCAGCAACGCCACCAGCCUCAAAGCCGGGCUCUCCUUCACGCUGAUCGUGGAAGCCUCCAACGUCUUCACGGUGCAAAAAGGACGCAGCGAAUCCAGCACCCGCCGGGAACGCGUGGAGGUGCAGCUGCCGGCUAAGAUCCCCCCGCGCACGGCGCUCAGCAUCCAGGUAUUGCGGAAGGAGGUGACGCUCUCCGUCCCGGUCCUGCUCACCAUCACCCAGAACGAAGCCGUUCAUACAGAGAUGGGCGAGUACCGCAGUAUCUCGGGUACCAACAUCAGCGCCCGCUACAGCUUGAAGCCUCUGCCUGCCGCAGGCAGGGAGCAGGCAGCCACUGAGGGGACAGAGCAGGUGCCCAGCACCGGGAUGGAGCUGUAGCUGUAGCCAGGCACCGGCUCCGUCCCCUCGGUGGUGUGGGACCCCCGGGGACACCGGCGCUGCCUCUCCGACCCGCCCAUGGAGGAGCCAGGACCCGCCCUGCCCGGCCGCGUCGGGCGGCUCCGGCCGGCGGGAUCUGCCGGUGCCUCCUUCCGCCGGCGGUGGCCAAUAAACC